UGUGCCACCGCGGCUUUGUACCAACUUCAACUUCUGCACGGUACACAUAGUACAGUACUAGUCCACCGUCAAACAAGGGAACGUGGCAAGGAACCAAGUCGCGCGGAGCGUGGAGGUGGCGUCGAUGUCCGUCGUAUCGAAGAGAGGUCCUUGGGUAGGCCGCGAAGGCCGAUGUUUGGACCAGCUGCGAGUAGAUAUAUUUUUCUGGGCUCAAGGGUGUGUAACGUUCGGGUCGGAAUGUGCAUUCACAGUCAGGUGCGAAAACAACUUUCCAUUUUACAAUUUGCACUCCAGGCCACACAUCACCACGACCACCACCACCGCCGCACAUUCCAACAUGACCACGCACCACCGCCUCCAAUCGUUUGACGAAGACGCCCAGCACCUUCUGGAGGACGGCAUGAAGCAAAUCACGGUCGAAGCCACGGCCAACACCAAGAUCUUGUACGGCAGCGAAAAGUUCACGUUGUACACGAUUCUGGUCAUGUGCCCCAUCACCCACGCGUGGUGGAUCAUCCAGAAACGGUACUCCGAGUUCUUCUCGUUGCGCCACAAGUUGCUCAAGAUCGCUAAACGAGCGUUGAAAACUCACCCCGAGGUGGUCCAGUUACUGCAACCGCUGGGCGAGUUUGCCUUUCCCAAGAAAUACUUGCGCACCGACACCCCCGAGAUCAUGAACGAACGCCGAGACGCGUUCAAACGCCUCACGUCGACGUUGCUCGCCAUUCGAUCCAGCUUUGUCCUGCACAUGCUCCAAGCUCCCCAACGCCAACUGGUGUUGAACCAAGUCGUGGACACCAUCGAAGCAUUCCUGUCCGUCCCAGACUGCCAGAAGGAAGGCGAACUUCGACACGCGUCCAUCACUAGAGUCAGUGAGUCGGUCGAGGAAAAGAAUCUGCCUGCGUGCGACGAGGAAAUGUGCCCCAUCUGCCUCUACGACUUUGCUGAUGCGCCCGAGUGCACUUUGCACUUGGGAUGCGGCCACGUGUUUCACAAAGAUUGUGUCGUCCCGUGGCUCGAGCAAACCAUGUCGUGUCCGCUAUGUCGCCAAGAAUCCACCCACGGAGUCUUGUAAUUAUUUUCAAAUUAAUUAAAUUAUUCUUAAUCAUCAUUACCAAUUUAAACGAAA